CAGGAAAAGGGCUACACGGCCAUCUAAGUGAACAUCUACCAAUCUCAAAACCUCCUGCUUGGCCGCUGAGAAAGUGAAGAGAGAAAAUGAGCGGACCUUCAAAGAAAGUAGUGGAUGUGGCAUUUAAAGCAUCGAAAACCGUUGAUUGGGAUGGGAUGGCCAAGCUUUUAGUCUCCGAUGAGGCUCGCAAAGAGUUCGCUACUCUUCGUCGCGCUUUCAACGAAGUUAACGCCCAACUCGGGACCAAGUUCAGCCAGGAACCCGAACCCAUAGACUGGGAAUCUUACAGAAAAGGAAUUGGCUCUCGCUUGGUGGACAUGUACAAACAGGCAUAUGAAAGCGUAGAGAUCCCUAAGUUUGAAGACAAAACGACUCCAGAAUACAAGCCUAAAUUUGAUCAAUUGUUGGUGGAUUUGAAAGAAGCAGAGCAACAAUCCCUGAAGGAGUCUGAGCGCUUGGAUAAAGAAAUUGCUGAUGUUCAAGAAUUGAAGAAAAAAAUCAGCACCAUGACUGCAGAAGAGUACUUCGAGAAGCAUCCUGAGCUGAAGAAAAAGUUUGAUGAUGAAAUCCGUAAUGACUAUUGGGGUUAUUGAUCACAUUAGCUGAUUUUGGCCUCAAGCCUCAGCAACCCUGAAACUCUGAACUUGUGGUGUUUUCCUUUUUCCUUUUAUAAUAAUAAUUACUACGAGGUGGCUCCAUGUUUGUAGAAUUGGACCUUCAACAGUGACCAUGUCAAAUGCUAAACUUCAUUUGGACAGGCCGGUUGGGAUUUACAAGGAGAUGCGCUUAUUCUGAUCA